UUAAGAUAUCACAUAUUUAUAUAAUGAAUUUACAUGUACCAGAAGAGAACCUUAAAAUCAAAUAAAUGCUUUAUCUAUACUUGAAGUACUGAUAAUUUUUCUCCAGACUUGAAACAUACAUCCUUGUGACUGUCUAAGGUUCAGGUAAACAUCUUUAUUUUUUGAUAGGUCAUGGUACCUCAGUGAAUAGAGUGAAAAUCUUUACUUUAAGUUCUUACACCAUAUUAUUGGAGUGCCUUACAAGUUGAAACAUUUUUCCCAAUUAUCUUGGGUAUCUGAAGUUGCACUGCCAUGUAACAUUUCCUUACUAAAUGAAUAAAAUAAAUACACGCUAAGUUAAAUGAAGUUUAAUUUCAAAAUAACAUGCAAUGAGAUUUGUGGUUCUUCUAAUGAGCUCAAAGAGAGAGUUCCACUAUUGUAGGCCAGCUGCUGAGAAAAAUGUGUCCUCCCAUGCUCAUGAUCAAGGCCUUGAAUUUGAUUUUUUUCCCCAUGGGUAGCAAAUGUAAAGAGCUGAGUACGAUAUGCUGUCCAGUACUCUGUGUGUUGCUGAGUAGCUGCUGUGUUCUCAACUGACUGAAGCUGUUGACCCUAAUAAAGCUCCACUCAUAGGUAUGAUAAAUUGCAGUAAUCAGGAGAUAAUGAAUGUAUGUAUCACUGUGGCCAAAUCAGUCUGAUAGACAAGGGUGCAGUCUUCAGGCUACCCAUAGAUGCAAGAUGGCACUCUUACUUCAAAUAACCAAAUUGCUAUCAAGGAGUCCAGAAGGACCCCAAGUCUUAACUGUCUUAAUGAUUGGAGGGCUGAUUCUUUUGCUGGAGGAGGAUGGUAUGGAUGUGGCAAAUCCUAUCGAGCAUCCCUCUCCCUGCCAGAAUGACCUCAAUCUUGCCUGAAUUCAGCUUCAGCCUAUUAUGUUAAACGCCUAGCCUACUAUGUUAAACACUGUCUUAUGUACACAUUCUUGCAUUGGUAACAUCUUGGUCCUCCUUGAAGUGUUUCAGGCAACUGACUGGGUGGGAUGUUCAUACCCAGUGCAUAGACAAUUCAGUUAUCGUAUCAGUUGAAUUGGCCAUGUAUCAAGUCUGAUCAAACUCAGAGAAAUGCUUUUUCAUAAUGAAAGUGUCAAAUACCUGUACUAACAUGAUGGUGUAGCUAUGACAACACAAGUGUCACUGUAAUGACUGUGAUGGUCACCUUUUUAAAAACAAACUCUUUAUUUUUGUUCUACCAAAAAUCUGAAGGAAAUGAUUUAAAAAUCUGGUUUUAAAAUUAAGGGUUAAGGAUUCAGCUUGAGCCACAUACAAGCAAGGAAAUUAAGAGUUGAGGUUGCUCUGGGUUUCUGUGCUUCUCCCUUCCCCCUUCAAAUAUUGUGUGGGGGUAUAAGCUGCAUGAUGUUGAUUUAAGUCAAAGGGAGAGAUUUAGUUAAAAGCUGCCCACCACUUGGAAAUUUUACAGAGUUCUGAUCUGCCAGCUGUAUAUUUACUGAUUUCUUCAUAACGCAUUCCUGAAAAUUAUAACGUUCUGAUGGGACACAAGAAAAUUUAGGAGAGAGCCUCCUGAUUUUGGUUAGGUUCUUAGUCUCUAUUUCCAUCAGGGUUAAGGAAUAAAGGAUCAACACAAACCGUAAGUUCAAUACUUAAUAGAUCAUAAAGGGUUUGUAUAUUCGUCGGCUGAAUUACCCUGCAAUGUGUUCUGGCCAUAUGUCAGAGGAAGUCUUAUGUGAAUUUGCUGUAUGGAUAAAAUAUCUCUGUUUGCUUUCAGGUCUUGAGUCUAAAUUUAAGAACUUAUAAAAAUGGGCAGAAUUUUCCUGGACCAUAUUGGUGGCACUCGUCUGUUCUCCUGUGCAAACUGUGAUACAAUCCUGACCAACCGCUCUGAGCUCAUAUCAACUCGCUUUACAGGGGCCACAGGGAGAGCCUUCCUUUUUAAUAAGGUGGUAAAUCUACAAUAUAGUGAAGUUCAAGAUCGGGUCAUGCUCACUGGCCGCCACAUGGUUCGAGACGUGAGCUGCAAGAACUGCAACAGCAAACUGGGUUGGAUCUAUGAAUUUGCCACUGAAGACAGCCAGCGCUACAAGGAAGGCCGUGUUAUCCUGGAAAGAGCUUUGGUCCGAGAGAGUGAAGGAUUUGAAGAGCAUGUUCCGUCCGAUAAUUCCUGAAGAGAUGUCAGCCUCUUUUCUGGUUUUCUUCAGUGAAACUCAAAAAAUAAAAAAUAAAAUAAAAAAACAACAAAAAAAUUCUACUUGUAUACACUGUCACCUUAGCAUCAGAGUUGGAUUCAUUGAACUAUGGACUGGGAAAGAUUGCGAGAGAAUUUCAGAUGGAAACUUCCUUUCUUUAUUCAUUUAAUUUUUACUUUUCUCCCAACAGCUGUUUGUAGAGAAUGUUGAACAGAUGCUGUAAUUUUUUUCUCCUUUGCAUUUAUAUCUCUUAAAUCUGAGAUUGUAUCUACAGCUAACAGUGGGCUGAAAGGAAAAUAAUCUGGAUAGAUCUUUUGUUAGAGAAAUCAUUGGUUUUUAGUUCAUAUAAACUGAUACAUCAAUAGAAAAUUAUUUUAAGUCCAAAGGGGUUUUUUAAUUUACUUUCCAAUUUUUGAUCUAAGUUUUUAACUUUUUUUACCCAGUCCUUUCACCAGAUAUACUAGUUUAAGAAAAGAGAUCUGAAUUUGUGACGAGUGCAAAAGGUUCAGUGUUGGAACGGCUUGUGCUGGCCAUUGUGCCAUAUUCUUGUUGAGGUUGAUCGGUAGCACAGAGCCCAUUCUUUCUUGUCAUUCUUGACCCAAAGAUGUCACCAGUCCUCAUUUAUUUGUAAAGUCCCUUUCACCAUAUAAUUGCGAUUGGAAGCUAUUUUUGAAAUGGGGCAAAACUGCUUGGCUUUUUUUCUUUUAACUGAUGUAACUUAUUAGAUUAUUACUAUGCUUAUGUAAUAAUUGUCUGUUUAGUCUUGUGUUGCUUUAAAAAUCAGAAGCUGUUUGUAAUGAUGGGGUUUACUGAGUAACUACUGUUGCAGUAGUGAAUGUGGUUUUUUUUUCCUUUUCAUCUCUUUACUAACCUCAUUAAGUAGACAAAGCUGUUGCAAAUCUUAAUUCUUGUUCAAAUGGCAUUCUUUUUUAACCCAAGAUUUUGUGUUUAAAACACAGCUACAGGGGAGGAGGAGGAGAAUGGUAGCAUGUGCAUUCAUGCAUACAGCAUACAACCUGCAACUUUUUUAAACAGCUUGUUUUCAAACGCUGCUUCUGGUAUUGAAACUCGUAUCUAUCUCUCAAAAUGUUGUUGCAUCUUUCUAUUGUGAUGUUACACCUUUUGUCUUUCUGACUAGAAGAACAGGCUUGCCUGGUUGUAAUUACUGACUUGAUUCCUGCUUCCUUCCUGUAGAAGUCAACUAUUUUAAGAUAUUGAAAUCUUACUUACCUCUUGGCAAAAGUGUUCUCCAUUAUCUUUCUUAAGGGUGCCCAAACAUUGUGACUUGGAACCACAUUGACAACUUAAGAGCCCAAUGGCUGCACCUAAUUUGAAUGUUAGUUAUGUACCGUUCUUUAUCAGAAAUAAAUAUGCAUAGAUAUAGUUUCUGCCUGAACUUAGAUUUUUGUUAACCAGCAACUAAUAUUUGUUUAACUCCACUAACAAGCAAUGUAAACAAACCAAGGCAUCCAUAGGCUCUAUCUCUGUAUCUGAAACAGCAGACAGGAGGGUGGGGGUGUAAUAUUCUAGAGGGUUCCUUUGGCCACUGGGCUGUGCUUUGGCCACCCCGUGGCUUAAAUCUGUCACCUAUUAACUUAAAAGUAGCUUUACUAUAGAACUAUGUCGUUUAGCGGGAACACAAUGUAGAUUCACAUACCAGAACUAUUUUGAAUCAAGGUACAUAAACAGUAGUGUAACUUGUGCCUCAAGUGAGUCAGCUCUUCAUGAGCCUGAAAAUCGCUGUUGGAGUGAUUCUCUGCAGUACUCUUCGUGUCCUUUUGGUGUUACAGUACAAUAAAAUUUGUGUUGUCCUGAA